GGCAAAACAACGUGGGUUUGACUCGAAGAACAUCAGCAAUGUUCGGAAAGAGUUCAGCGUAAGUUUGAGAGAUCUCCUAGACUCUUUCCCUUGGGGUUUCUCACAUUUGAGUUUAACUCGUAUAGUCGUCAUCUCAAACUAAGGAGAUCGGAGAUGGCCGGCCCCAACAACCACUUAUUGUUAUAACGUCCAAGAUGAGGAAUUGAGGAUCGAGCCCUCCUUCAGUCCUUGUACACAACGCCCAAUUCAUGUUUCAUUUCCAUUUUAAAAUCAUCACCCCUUUUUAAAAUCUGUGAUAACCCAAAGACUCAAAGAGACUGAUCAAAGCUAUAGUUUUCUCUGCUCUGAUCAUCAGAUGGAGCAUGAGAAGGUACCUUUAUCUAAAACAGAGAACCUGCAUGAAGUUGAGAUCCCGAUAGUCUCUGAAAUAAUCGAGGUUCUGCCUGUGCCACAAAAGUCACCCUGCUCUUCCGUCUGUGCUUUUUCCAAGAAAGAAAGCAGUAGUUGGGAUUCAGGACAACGUUCAAAAUCAGCAACUAAACUUGGUGUACUCAUAAUUGUCUAUAUAUUGUUUAUGGUUAUAGAAAUUGUAGGUGGUGUAAAAUCCAACAGCCUGGCAGUACUUACAGAUGCAGCCCACAUGUUUACUGAUGUUAGUGGAUUCGCUAUUUCUCUUUUCGCCGUAAUUGCUUCAGGUUGGGAGGCAACGUCAGACCAGUCGUUUGGAUAUCACCGUCUUGAGGUUUUGAGUGCGCUUCUAUCAGUGCAGUUAAUAUGGGUGGUUGCUGCGAUCUUGAUAUAUGAAGCAGUUGACAGAAUGCUUCACGAGCAUGGAAAGAUUAAUGGGGUUCUAAUGUUUGCAGUUGCAGCAUUUGGAUUUUUGGUUAAUUUGAUCAUGGUAAUGUGGCUCGGUCAUGAUCACACUCAUCAUCAUCAUCAUCAUCAUAAUCAUGCCUGUGGACACUUUGAUCAUCAUGAUGAUCAUGGUCAUAAUCAUAAUCAGGAUCAUGGAAAGGAGGAAGCAUGGACAACAGUUGGGGACGAUGAAAUGAGCUUGGUGUCAACUCCUCCAGUAAAAAGUAAAAUAUCAAACAUAAAUCUCGAAGGAGCUUACCUGCAUGUCAUGGCUGACAUGAUUCAGUCCGUUGGAGUAAUGAUUGCUGGAGCCUUCAUCUGGGCGAAGCCAGAUUGGUUAGUUGUUGAUCUGAUUUGCACACUCAUCUUUUCUGUCUUUGCUGUAAGCACAACCAUACCAAUGCUCAGAAAUACAUAUAGCAUAUUGAUGCAGAGAACACCAAAUGAAAUUGAUAUCGACAAGUUAGAGAAAGGUCUCAAGAGCAUUAAGGGAGUUCAGGAUGUUCAUGACCUACAUGUUUGGGCACUUACUGUUGGAAAAUUGGUACUGUCGUGCCAUAUCACCGCAGAGCCUACAGUAAUCUCAAGUCAGAUAAUUGAUGAAAUUAGUGAACUUUGUGAUAGAACUUACAGACUUCGUGAUGUUACGGUACAAAUUGAACAGUAGUGUGCAAAUUCAACCUAUCAUCUUCUGUCAUAGUUUUACAGUUUACUCUUUGCCCUAUACAAGUAUAUAUUACAGGAGGAUGGUCAAAUGAGGCCAAUGUGACUUGUAUAUCAGCGAGCAUUUUACAAAUUGAUAAAUGUCACUGCUCGUUUUCA